AUGGGUUCAGUCUGCUCUGCAUAAAAGAAUCAAUCAAAAUUAAAUAGAGAAUUAAAAACUAAUAAUUAACCCUAUUUAUAACCUUCAUCCCUUGUAGGUCAAUCAUUACCUUUAGAAAACAAACUAGAAAAUGCUCUUGAUUAAUAUGUCUAGGAUUUAUUAUAGCUAUUUAAAAGGUUCUGUAUGUUUCUUGAUCUUGUUGGUAAUUUAGAUCAACUCCCAUAACAUACUAGAGAAAAAAUUAAUAGUUGCAUCAUUGCUAAACAAAAUAUAUCUAUUAUUAUACAAAAUAAUAUAAAACGAGUUAUGAGAGAAUAAUAAAUAAUAAAAAGAAUAGAUGAAUCAGAUUAUUAUCUUAUAUAUAAUGAUAAUAAAUUUGCAAGUGCUUUCAAUUAAAUGAUGUAAAAGCUAUCUAAUAUCAUAAUAACUGAUCUUAAACCAGAUGAAGAUUUUUAAUCAGCAUUUCCUAUUUUGGCAGUGUCUUUUGAAGAAGAAGCUUUAAAAAUUAUUUCAAUUGUAGAGAAAAUAAAAAACAUUUAAAUUAUUGCAAUGAGAAAGGGAAGUUCUUAACAUUCGCUUUCUAUUAAUUAAUUAUAACAAAAAAGAAAAUCUUCCUAACAAUGA